AUGAAGAUGAGCAAUUUUGAAAAGGUACAUUACAAAAGUAAAAAAGCGAUGGAAUCAUUACAGCAAUAUUGCUCAGAUUCUGAUGAAUCUAACCAGAAUGUUGAUGAGGAUUUAAGUCAGGUUAAUGAUAGUAGUGAGAAACCGGAGUACUUUGGACUGUUUUCAAGUGAUUUGUCAGAAAAUUAUGACAGACAUUCAAAGGCAUUAGCUCAUCAGUGUUCAGACGCAAUUGGUAAAACAUCUGAUAAAGAACAUGAAUUUCACAAAAAUGUACCUUCAUUUUCGAAGGUAACUGUCGGAGAUGAAACUGUUAGUAUAGAUAGGCCACAGUCAUCAUUCUGGAAUGAUAUUCAGACAUCAGAUGUAAAGGUUGAUAUUAACAACAAAGAAAAAGCAUCUAAAAGAACAUGGACAGAAAGUAAAAAAUCUAAAUAUGAUAUUAAAAAAAAAUCUUGCAAUGUUGAUUAUGGAAAAUCAAAAUCCAUUCAAACUGUCAAUAAUUGUGGUCAGAUAGAUUUUUCACGAAAAAUUUAUUAUAUUCAUUCAAAAAUAACACCAAUGCUCCACACCAAGACUUCAAGAUGCAGAAUUCCCUUUAAAGUUGAAUGGACCAAUCCUGGGCAUCAAGGUGUAACCAAUCGUAUAGAAUGGAACAUUCCUAGCUACAGCCACCUGCUGGUGUCAUGCUCAUUGGACACAACAGUGAAGGUGUGGAGCAUGUGGAGCCAGCUGGAACCUUGUGUACGCCAGUUACGGGUGCAUGACAGGGCUGUCAGGGAUGUUCAGUGGAGUGGGGAUGGAAGACAACUCUUGUCUGCCGGUUAUGACAAAAUAGCCGCCAUAACUGAUGUAGAGAAAGGCAAUGCUGUGUGCAGGUUUCAUCACCCAGAUUAUGUAACAUGUAGUAGAUUCCACCCUAUACUUCCCCAGCAGUUUGUGACAGGAACUAGUAGUUGUAUCACUCUGUGGGACAGCCGAACAGCAGACAGACCAAUCAGGACUUUGACAUACAAAGACAAAUUUGGCCAGGUGCAGGACGUUGUGUUCAGCAGGGAUGGUUCCCAACUAUUCAGCUGCAGUGACCUGGUGAGUCGGGACUCGGCAGACAGGAACCUCAUGGCCUGGGACUUUCAGACGGGCACCACCAUCUCCAACCAGAUCUACCAGGAGCGAUACACACUGACCCGCCUGAAGCUGCACCCGCACAAUCCCCAGCUCCUAGCCCAGUCGCAGGCUGGCUACAUCGCACUAUUCUCUCUCCAAUCCCCAUACAAGAUGAACAAGCACAAGCGAUUUGAAGGACACAAGGUGCAGGGUUACAAUCUGGGGUUUGACAUUAGUCCAGAUGGAGGCACAGUCUACAGUGCCAGCUCUGAUGGGCAGCUAUACUGUUACGACUUCCAGUCUGGCAGGCAUUACCGCACGCUGUCCACAGGGUUAGAUGUUGUUGUAGAUGUGGCAUGUCACCCUGUCCUGCCUUCAACUUUGGCCACAUGUGCAUGGGAUGGAACAGUACAGGUCUGGCACUAAUAAGGGAACAAUGCUAUGCCAUGUUCACUGGUCCAUGGGAUUGUUAAUAUCACAUAUUGCUCAAUCCUGCACUUCAAACUGGACAUGUGUGAUUGGAACAAAGAACUAGUAGUACUGAGAUGGCACAAGUCUGACUCUAGAAAGGGACGUGUUUUGACAGAAUCAUUUCACUCAUCCUGCCUUUGACACUGUCAGUGUAUGCCGUCCAUGUGGCAGGGGAAGCUUCUUAUAAGUCUAGAACAUAUUAACACUAUGAAUGUUUGCCUAGGAGAUGAUACAACACCCUGUCUGGGUGCAGUUGUGGAUGUUACUGAAUAAUGUAUUUUAUGCAGGCUCUACAUGUCUGUCUGGCAUUAACCUGUGACUGGUUCAUCCUUACCUCAACUGGUGACUGGUUCAUCCUUGCCUCAACUGAUGAAUGGUUCAUCCUUGCCACAACUGAUGACUGGUUCAUCCUUGCCUCAACUGAUGAAUGGUUCAUCCUUGCCACACAAAAGAAAUAAGGUUCAUGACUGGUUAAUCCUUGCCACAAUAAGGUUCAAGGUUAGACCAUGCUCACCAUAGCAGUCUUGUUUAAUUGGUUAAUUACAUGGGUUGUCUUGUGGAUCAAAACAGUCUUUUAAUCCAGUCUUUGGUAUUCCAUAGAUGCAGUUGAAAAAAUGUCCCAACCACCUAUAUUGCUGUACAGUUUCAUUAUAAAAAACAAUAUAUGCCUAGUACACUGCUGCUUUGUUUUAAUAAUACACAGGAGUUGCAUGUAUUUUUCAAGCAGACAUUUGUCUCAAUUGUCAGUUGUUAAAAGACAAACCAGUGAUUAAAUAUACAAUCAUAUAUUCUCCACUCUACAAUUAUGUUUAUGUGUCUGGAAUGUGAACUGAUAAAUUUAGGGGUUCUUUUGUUUCUAUAAAAUAUGUUUUCUGCUGCUAUUAUGUUGUUUUAUUAGUCAAAGAAAUAAAACUUUAUUUUUGA